GUGUUUCGAGGGAGUGGCCGUAUCGGUGACAGCCGUGUGCAAAAGGCACACAAAGGUUGCUAGGUCCGAGCGGCCACAACAACAUGACAGUUGAGUACACUUAGAGUCACGGAAAGUACCUGUGCCUUUUUUUCUUCAGACCUACGAGAGGUGCAGUCAUGAGCUACCCACCUCCGCAAGCAGGCUAUCCUCCCAACCAGCAAGGUGGCUACCCCCCUCCACAAGGGGGUGGUUACCCCCCUCCACAACAGGGGGGCGGUUAUCCUCCACCACACCAGCAAGGCAACUUCGCCCCUAACCAGCCAGGAGCUGUCCAACAUCAACCUUGGCAGCCCAACUCAGGCCAGAGCGACCAGCCCGGAUACACUGGCGAUGACGUCCCCGACUCGGAUCCGGAAGACAACGAGGACGCUGCUGAUGACCACGGACCGGACCCAGACAUCGGCAAGCUGGGGGGUGUGCAGGGAUACGAACAAGUGGGGCUGAACGACUGGGUUCCACCUCCACCCCAGUAUGUACCUCCUGAGAACUACACCAAACCUCCGGAGCAGUAUGCUGAGGGUGCCGGGCUGACACAACAGGAGGCCAGAGAUGCCAUGUUACAGUUUGUGGCAGAACACUGCUGCUACGGCAAGAAACCUGCAGAGGAACAUGUCAUCAAGGCGAUCAAGCCCUCUACUGCCUUCCAUUACACUAUGGAAAGCUUCCUUGAGAGCAGAUCUACCAAAUGGGUGCAUGAACCAUACCGAGGCCAAAUCAUUGAUGGUCCACAGAACGGGUACCCACCCGGCCCCUGGGAUAUUGCCUGCACCGCUGGUCAGUUUUUCAAUGAUGAGGUCAGGCUCAUUGAAGUGCCACACACGGCUAAAGUACAGAGUUGCCACUCUUGUUACGGCCGUGGCUUCAAGCGCUGCCCUCGCUGCCAUGGCAGGGGAAGGGUUCGCUGUUCCACUUGCCAUGGGAGUGGACACAGGACAAGGUAUGACCAUCAGACAAAACAGCAUCGCAGGGAGACCUGUCACUGGUGCCACGGGUCAGGACGGAGAAGGUGUAUCAGGUGUGGAGGAGAUGGCAGGGUGACAUGUGGUGUGUGCCAGGGCUGCCGAGAUCUGAAGUGGUACAUUCAGCUUACUGUCAACUUUAAGAACAUGGUGUCUGAUCAUGUGACAGAGAGGACUGACAUGCCAGAUGAGCUCAUCAAAGAUGCAGGAGGGCUGGUCAUCUUCCAACAGACUCUCAUCAGGGUGUGGCCGAUCACUCACUUCACCGACCAGGACGUGAAUGCCAACUCCCAGAGCCUGGUGCAGUAUCACACCUCCACCUACGAGAGGGCUGGAAGGAUCUUACAACAGCGCCACACCCUGAGGAACGUCCCCGUGUUUGAGAUAGACUACAACUGGCAGGAGGUCAACACUCGCUACUGGGUGUACGGGAACGAGCACCGCGUCCACGCGCCCGAUUACCCGCAUCAGUGCUGCUGGGGCUGUGUCAUCCUGUGAAAUGGAGGGUGCACAGGAAAGGAACUUAGUGUCCAUGUUUUGAUGGGAAUUCAAGUUGUUCCCAUUGUCACUGUGUACAGAAACUCACUUUGAAUCUUAACUAAUCAACAAAACAAGUGAACUUGAUCUCUGUUAUUCACUGAGAAUUACUCAAUGCCACUAUCCAGUUUAUUAUCUGUUUUUGUUAUUAACUCAUUAAUCAUAAAUGAGAUACCUCAGUUGCACUGUUACUACAUUUGUGUACAUGUAAUUAGGUUGCUUGUUGGAAUACAUAUUGGUAUGCAUACAUGUCAUCAUUAAUUAAACCACUUUGUGGCAUUACAUACCACUCGGAUUUGUACAGAAGAAUAUAAGCUGCAUACCUGGGUAGAUUGAAAAUGAAUUCCACUUCAGAGACCUACGUGCCUUACAUGUAAAUAUUUGUAUCAUUGGAAAUGAGUUCAUUUCCAGUUUGUGCCAAUUUGGUUUUGUGAUACUUCUCAGAAAGAUAUCUUAGCCAGUUCUUUAGACAACAUUGUGUCAAAAUACAAUUAUUGUAAUCACUUAGUGUUCAGUCUAGGAUAUGUAUAAAAUGCAUACAAGCCGUACACAUACACGUCUCACUGUUGAAGUAUACGUGUGCUACAGAUUUUCCACCUUUUUUUCACAAAAGACCUGGCCAUCUCUCUCCAUAAUGUACAGACUUUAUAAUCAUCAUGAUGUUUUUUGCAAGCAAAUGCAUGUACUGUAUGAUGAUGUAAAUAUGAGUCAGACUUGCUUCAAAAUGCAUUAUUUCUAUAUGACAGUAACGUUACUCAGAUGUCAGAGUUUUUCUAUUUUUGUGUGUUUGAUUUUACAAGUUUGUGACUUAUUGAUAAUACUUGUCUUAAGCCAGUAUCUCACUGAACUGUGGUACACUGACAGCCUAAAAUGCUGUGUCUUAAAUUGGAUUUAUGUUAACCUAAGCCUUUAUAAUGGGAAUGUCAUGCAAAUCGUAAAGGUAUGGCUAGAAAGCCAACAGAACACACAAAACGUAAAAAGAUUUGUUUUGAAUAAAAUUUGUUCUGUGAAAUUGAUUGGUGACCACACCGAGGUUGCCAAAGUGCCACACCACAAUACAGUACAGUAAACUACAUUUCCUUGUGUUAUUUAGCAGGUUUUUAAUGAAUUAAAUUGAAUCGACUAACACAAUAUUUGAACAAGUGUCUUCAUUUCCACAAUUACAACGCCAAGCAAAACCUAUGUUUGAAGUGCAGUGAUUAUGUACCACAAACUCACUGUAAACAAUCAUACUGUGCUUUCAGAUAUAACGUUAAGCAGUGGCAUUUUUAAAAUCCAUCUCUUAAAUACAGAUAACGUUAUGUAACGUUAUAACAUACAUAGGUUCUAUUGUUUAUACAUACAUGAAAGAAAUCAAUCUUUUAUGAGGAUGAAAUAAAGACUUUUGAAUGAAUACUAA